ACUUGGUGCUUUCUUGACUGCUUCUCAAAAUUGCUGCGCCACGAUAAUAACCGGUUGAUAACCGGUCAACUUCCUUUUCCGUUCUCCAUACACAGCAAAAUGGCCAAGCGUACAAAGAAGGUUGGCAUUGUGGGUAAAUAUGGUACCCGUUAUGGAGCCUCCUUGAGAAAGACUGUGAAAAAGAUGGAAAUCUCCCAGCACAGUAAAUACACCUGUCAGUUUUGUGGAAAGGAUGCCAUGAAGAGAAAAGCUGUUGGAAUCUGGGGCUGUUCCAAAUGCAGGAAAGUGGUUGCUGGUGGUGCAUGGGUUUACAGCACAACGGCAGCAGCAACAGUACGCAGUGCAAUCCGUCGUCUGCGUGAAAUGAAGGAAUCUUAAACUGUUACAGUGCUGUUAAUAAACUCGUCUGGGUCAA